AUGAAGGUCAAGAUCACCCGGUGGAACACCGUCGCGACGUGGCGGUGGGAUAUCCCAGAAGACGAUGUCUGUGGUAUCUGCCAAGUCCACUUUGACGGCACAUGUCCAACCUGCAAAUACCCUGGCGAUGACUGCAGCAUCCUGUCCGGCAAGUGUGGUCACAACUUCCAUAUGCAUUGCAUCCUGGAGUGGAUCAAGCAGGACUCAGCAAAGGGCCAAUGCCCAAUGUGCCGUCAAAAAUUCGAGUUCACUGAUCCAAAGAAUGAGACAAAUGAGAGCUAG